AUGGGCUCCAAAACCAAAAAAGUCCUAGACUACUCCUGCGCAAACAAAUUAUGUCGUAUCUGUGAAAGUGCAAGGUCAAAAGGUAAAGAUCCUGCUUAUCAUGACUGCCGUCAAAAUCACAAAGGUUCAUCAAAAUCAAUGGAACCUGAAGUGGGAGUUAGACUAUUCAAUGAUGCUCCUAAUUAUGGGGUAAAGUACUCUGUGUUCAUUGGAGAUGAUGACAGUUCCACAAUUGCUAAAAUUCAUGAAGAAGUGGGUUACAAUGUGGAAAAAUGGUCUGACAGCAGUCAUGCAACAAGAACACUUGUAAGCCACCUCCACAAGAUCAAGUCUGAGAAAAACAAUGUGCCUGGAGAAUCUGUUUUGUCACAGAAAGUUAUAGAUUAUUUUCAAAAAUGUUUUAGCUAUUGUUUAACCCAAAACAAAGGGGAUCCAGAAAAAAUGAGAAAGUCAUUAAUUGCUAUUGCGCCUCAUGCAUUAUUUUGGAGAACACAAAACAUGUGAAGAAAACAGGUUGAGCUGGUGCAAGUGGUUCCAAAAUCCAGACACUUAUUCCCACAAGGACCUCCCAAAUGGCAGAGACUUAACGGGGGAACACCUGAAGAAGAACCUAACUAGUUUGUUUAGCAUAUACUCCAGUGACAUUGUUAUUAACAAACUUGUUGAAAAUGCUUCCUCUCAGAGCAAUGAAAGUUUGCACAGCACAGUUGGUUCCAAAGUUCCUAAAAUAAGGUUUUAUGGAGGAAGUGAAAGUGCAGAUCAAAGAAUUGCUGCUGCUGUUGCUCAGACAAACCUCGGGAAACAAUACCUAGUGGACACUUUACACUGUGCUGAUAUAGAACCUGGUCAAAUUACUGAACAAAAAAUAGCAAUGAUUGACUAUGAGCGAGAUGCUGGACAGAAAAGGAAGUCAAGUGUUGAAUUUAAAAAACAACGUAGGCUGAAUUAUUUGAAAAGGAAAUCGAGAAACAAAUCUGCAUCAAAUCGAGAGGGAAUCAGCUACAAAAGUGGCAUUACAUUAACCCUUGACCCUGAUCUAUUACAAAAAGCAGUUGUUACACCACAAGAAUUAAAAGAAUUCGAAAAAUAUGUACCAACUUUCAGCGAACGACCUUCUAAGAAGUAUAUAACAUGUCCUGACGACGAAAACAGUGUUAAAAGCUUUAGCUUUGUAAUAUUUGACACGGAAACGAGCUGUGGAGGCAAACAAGCUGAAAUCAUUCAAUUAGCAGCCGAAACAAGGGAAGGAAGGUCAUUUUCCAAAUUUACAACGCCGAAAAAAGAAAUUUCCCCUCAUGCUUCUCGUGUUAACAAGUUCAAAAUAUCUUGGGUUGGAGGGAAGAAGUGUCUUUACCGUGGAGGCAACAUUUUGCAAACAGUUCCUUUUCGUGAAUGUCUUCGAUCAUUUGUUGAUUUCCUUGAGGACUCAAAGGGUUCUUGUGACAAAAUCGUUCUCAUUGGCCACAACUCUGCAUCUUUCGAUACACAUAUCCUGUUAAAAACAAUUCAAGAGUACUCACCAGAGCUUCUUCAUACAAUGAAGGAAUUAAAUAUCCAUUUUGCUGAUAGUCUUAUCCUGUUCCGCAACUUGAUAAAAGAAAAACACGCGGGACUCAAACAAGAUGACGGAUCGUUCGUAAAAAUAAAUCAAGAAGCGCUUUAUAAACACCUGUUCGGAACUGACUUUCAGGGUCACGAUGCCCUUGACGAUGUAAAGGCACUAAGCAAAAUUCUGUUUAAGUCCUCAGUGCAGUUAUCUCUUUCCAAAAUUGUCAACAAAAGCGGCACAACCGACAUUAACUCAGCCAUAGGAGAUAUGAACUACCUUGACAGAAGCCACGCUCUUCUGAAGUCAUUUGAUGAAAUAAUAGGUGAUCCCUCGGAAGGCGGAGUAAUGAAGAAGUCCACAGCUAAAAAGCUCGCCGAUUCUGGACUCGGUUUUCACCACCUUAAAAGCUUGUUCGAC